AUGAUCAAUUACAUUUGUGAGAUACUGACGCAGGCUAACAGAAUUGUUGUGUCAGGCGUGCUGGCGGUGGGCGUGACGAGCUACCUGGCGGACGUGACGUCGGCGGAGGAGCGCACGGCGCGCAUGGGCGUGCUGAUGGCGUGCGUGUUCGUGGGCACGCCGGUCGGCUCGUCGCUGGCGGGCGUCAGCAACCGCGCGCUCGGCUUCCUGGGCACCUUCGCGCUGUGCGCCGCCGUCAACCUGCUGGCGCUGGUGUACGCCGCCGUGCGGCUGCGCGAGCCGCGCGCCCUGCAGCCGGCCACGACGGACGGGCUGCGCGGGGUGCUGCGCAUACUCGCCAGGCCGCGCCUGCUCGCGCUCGUCACCUCCACAAUCUUCAUCAUGGGGCCCAUGACCGGAGAGUACUCCGUGCUGUACCUGUUCGGAAGAUACAAGUUCGGUUGGAGUGAAGUGGACUACAGUCUGUACGCCGCCUUCAAGAUGAUCCUUAUCUGUGGAGGCUCUGUUCUGACGGUCCUGCUGCUGUGCCGGGUGCUGAAACUGGAGGACUCGCUGAUCGGCCUCUUGUCCUGCCUGACACAGUUCGUCGCCAGCCUGCUCUACCUGGUGGUCAGCCGCAGCUGGGAGAUGUACCUGGUGCCCAUUGCAGAACUGUUACAUGGAGCAGCAAUGGCAGUGCAGAAAUCCAUUGGGUCGAAAAUAGUAGCACCUACAGAUAUGGGGAAGCUCAGUGCUCUAUAUAGUCUGUCAGAAGCUGUUGUGCCCCUUGCAAUCAUACCGCUGUACAAUUUAGUGUACCAACACACCUUCAGCAGCUUUCCCUCAGCAUUCUUCCUGACAAGUGCUGUUCUGACAGCUCCUGCUCUUCUGAUGUUCAUUUGGAUGUAUGUGGAAUACAGAAAAAAUUGCGCAAAAGAGACCCAAAAGGACAAUAGUGGAGAGCAACCUAUCGCUGCAGUAAACAAGAGCUUUGAACUGAAUGAAUCUGCAUCUUCAGUGAAUGGUGCUGAUCCUGGAAACUGUGAGUGUAAACCCAGAGACAUUGAUGUUGAAAGAGGCUGCGGUAAUGACAGUGAAGUGCCACUAGAUACUACCCACCCUGAAGGUGAAAUUAAGGAAGAAGAUUCUCAACCAACUAAGAGACAAGAUACAACGAACUGUCAUAAGCAACCUACUCAUAGUAAUUAAAUGAACUGAUGUUGGAUCAUGGAUAACUGUUUUUGAAAUGGGGUAAUCCAGAAAGUAAUGGCUGUUUGGCUUUAUAAUUCGAAAAAUAUAUUUUACUAUCAAAAACCUUGUCACUUACAAAAUUGAAUCUUAUUUCAGUUCUCUACCAAAUAAGCUCCACUAUUUAAACAUUUUUCACAUCUAUCUCAGAGCUUUAGAUUUCUUGUGUUGUAGUCAGUUGGCACCAUUCCUUUAAGCUAGUUGUUGACUGCAUUUGUCACCUCAGCAAUACUUGCUAAACAUUUUGUGCUGACAACCUUGUUGUUGAGCACGUCCAACCUACAUUUCUCACCCAAGAACUCUUUGGCCUCUAUAGAAAGAAGUCUUGCAUGAUUUUUAUUCUUCACUAGGUUCACAAAAUUGUCUGGGAUGGCUGACAGGCACAUAAAUCAGAAUGUGUCAUGCACAUUGGUUCAUUCAUUGUCAUAAUUUCACACUACUUUCUCACACUUGGUUCAUUCAUUACUGCCAUCAUACAGUUCCUUCAGUUGACCAUGAAAUUAUAUAUAUUUGAAUUUCUGAGUAUUCAUAAACUGUGUAACACACUUGACUUCACAGUCAGCAGGACUUUGUGUCACUCAGUUUACUUUUAAACAGACACAGAAUGCACAAUAACUUAUUUUGACUGGCACUCUUUUAACAUAAAGACAGGAUGAUAAGGAAAACAUUCAACCUUGGAUAGAAGCCCGAUAUCACUCUCUGCAGUGGGAAUGUAGCAUAGGUCGUUACUUCCUGGAUUACCUUCGUACAUUAUACAUUUCCUGAGAUAUGUACAAACACCAGCUCUUGAUUGAAAAUACCCAGGACAGCCAGAUUUUGUGCUCAGAGUAGUAUAGAUGGCAAUAUGAUAAACAUUAUAAGUUGACAGCUUGCCAAUGUAAGUAUUCAAUGCUGUUGGGUUGAGUCAGUCUAGAGCUUGUUUGCAUUUACAUGCAUUUUUCCAUCCAUGUUGGUACAAAGUUUCAGAUUUAAUAUUCAAAGACUGAUUUUUUUAAUAUAUAUAUAUUUUUCAUAAUGCUCUGCUAUAAUAAAACAAUGUAAUGCGAAGCUGUGUAAUUUUGCUUUUCUAUUGUAUCUUUCUUGACAAUGAAACAUGGAUUUGAAUGGAAAAAGUGCUAGUCUUCUGCCAUAGAGAUCAAAAAUUCUCUUAAGAACUCAUACUUCUAAGUUCUCAUUGUUUACUUUUUGAUUUCUGUAUCUUACUUUGGAUGAAUGCAAGUUUUGUUUUGCUUCAGGCAUAAUUGCACAAUGAGUUGAUAAGACAUUUACUUGAAAUAUCAUUAUUUUACACUAUGGGAAACAUUUCAUUCACCUUUAAGUGAUUUGUUUCACAGCAUGAAAGAAGAUAGGCUAACAAAUUUAUAAGUGCAGCCUUUAAUGGCCAGAGUCCAUUUCAAUAAAAUGUCCCAACAUGAUGUGAUACUGUUUUGGCUAGUGCUACAUGCAGGCUUCAUCAUGGAGUUAUCCUGAUGAAGGUUGUUUGCAGUAGUAGCUGACAUACUGGCAGCCUUAUCACAUCCUCACCAUCCUGUCACAUACCCAGAUGCAAGAGCAUACCCAACAUUUGAAGUGUGGGGAGAGGGGUUGGGGGGUGGGGACAAAACAUAAUAAUUUUGUAGUCGAUUAGUUUUUAUAUAUCACAACAAGUAACUCUGGCUUCACUUUCUUCAAAUGGAUACUGAUUUUACAUGUGUGUGUGUGUGUGUGUGUGUGUGUGUGUGUGUGUGUGUGUUUGUGUAAGUGUCAGAUACAAGUUUGGAUUCUAAAGAAUAUGGCUCAGGAUUUCUCCUGCACCUCACUGGGUAGACUCUUUCCCAGAAGAAUUGUACUGAAAUAAUAAAUUUUAUUUCUUUUAUUCUGUUUCAGUUACUGCAAUGUAACAAUUAUUUUAUUAAAAGUCUCAAAUUGUGCACUUCCUGUAAGAGCAAUGCCUUAUGUAUCUACUCUUCAUUGUUGAAUAAAAUGCUCCACCCUGUUCCUUGAGGGAAAUUUUUGCUGAUAAUAGAAAUUAGUUUCAAAUACUUUUGGACUGAAGGAGACCACUCACCAAAAAGUAGAAGUGUUGAAUCAUCAAUGGGCAGAUACAGAAAUAAAAAUAAAAAAAACAACUUGCUGACUUUUGCAGUAAGACACACACACUUACACACUUGUAUAUUCCCAACUAUCCACUUACUUGGUGCCAGCCGGACAAACAGUGCCACUGCUGCAUUUUGGCAAGUGGGCUGUGUCACGGUGGGGAUGGUGUUGGGUGUGCGGGUUUAGGGAGAGAGAGAGGUGAGAGGCAGGGAGAGGGAUUAGGGUGGGUGGUUAACAGGUCGGAGGGAGGCAGGCAGUUUGCCAGCUAGGACUGCAGGGAGAGGGGUGGCAGUUUAUGGGCUAGGCAUGCACAACUGUCAGAGCUGGUGGAGGGCAGCACAUGCUGAAGGUGACAUGGGGAUUGCAACGGAACAUCAGUUUAGGAGGGGUGGGAAGAACUGAGGGUAGCGUGUCACUCAUUUCAGGACAUGAUGAGAGAUAAAGUUUGAUUAUUCUCAUCAUGCUGAAGGUGACAUGGGGAUUGUUACAGAACACCAUUUUAGGAGGGUUGGGAAGAAUUGCGGGUAGUGUGUCCAUCAUUUCAAGUAAUUAUUAGAGUUAAUCAAAGCUCUGAUUAUCCCUCAUCAUGCCUUGAAAUGAGGGACAUCCUACCCAACAUCCUACCCACUCCUCCUACAGUGUUAGUUGGUUACCCAGCUGACACAAAACCUAGUCCACCCCUAUGCCACUCCCACUUAAAAACCCUUGCCCCAGUGGUCAUACCCCUGUGGUAGACCAAGGUGAUAGACCAACCCAAUCCACCCAUCCAGCACCUCCUGCUCCAGACCUGUCAAAGGCUUAUCCUACCCCAUGAGAGGCCAGGGCACCUGUGAAAGCAGCCAUGUCAUAUAACAACUCUCCUGAAAACACUUUCCCGUGAAAGGCAAAGGUCCCGAGUUCGAGUCUCACUCCAGCACACAGUUUUAAUCUGCCAGGAAGUUCAUACCAGCGCACACUCCACUGUAGAGUGAAAAUUUCAUUCUAGAAACAUCCCACAGGCUGUGGCUAAGCCAUGUCUCCGUAAUAUCCUUUCUUUCAGGAGUGCUAGUUCUGCAAGGUUCGCAGGAGAGCUUCUGUAAAGUUUGGAAGGUAGGAGACAAGGUACUGGCAGAAGUAAAGCGGUGAGGACGGGGUGUGAGUCGUACUUGGGUAGCUCAGUUGGUAGAGCACUUACCCGCGAAAGGCAAAGGUCCCGAGUUCAAGUCUCGGUCCGGCACACAGUUUUAACUUCCACUCUACUAUUUUACCCCCCGCACAUUCCUCCAGCACCAAAUUAACCACUCCUGAUGCCUCAAGAGAUGUCCUAACAAAUUAUACUUUCUUUAAGUCUAGUUAUGUCAUAAGCUUUUUCUCCGCAAUUUGAUUCAAAUCUCAUCCUCAGUUAUCCAACUGAGGGCCAAUUUCAGGUUGUAUAGGAUCCUAUGCAAAAAAAAUACAAGGUUCUUAUUCAGUCUCAAACAUAUACAUAUAUUUUAACUUUUGAAGGUGAUACGUAAUAAAAUUUUAUUUCAUUAAAUUAAACACUAACUGAGCAAGAUAAUCAACAUUACUAAUGAUCUUAAUACUACCCACCUGAGUCAAUCUUAUUAGCUCGAUUCACUUCACAUGGAAAAAAUUUUUGUUUAUGAAUAAUAAGUCUUUAUCAUAAAUUUGAAAUGAAAUUUUUUGACAAGCUUUCUCAAGUAAUGUAAUGAGCUUAUUGCAAUAAGUUAAAAAUUUUGGAAUGAAAACAAAACAUUAUUUUUGUAUAUGUAACAUGAAGAAUCAAUGCUUAUGAUGAUUGUUGACCAUAAUUACUCCAGAUCUUUGCAAGGUCUUUUGUGAACUUUAUAUGCAUCAUGUGGGAAAGGUUUUAUACUUAUGAAAUGUUUUGACAUAAAAGCUUUGUAAUUGUUUCAUUUAUUAAUUGUCUUUACUUCCCACGAGGCACCUGACAUCUUACUGAUCCUUUGAAACAGCUAUUGACUCUACAACAACAAUUACUGACAUUAUGCACCAGUAACUACUGACUGACUCACUGACAAUUUAGCGACUGCCUAUAUGUAAAGCUCUGCUCUUUGGUCUAUCACCAGUCCUUACAUGGAUUAAUAACACAAUUAAUAAUUGCAUUUCUUGCAAUAUGGUUAUCUUAAUUUAUUAUAAUUUACACUGAAUGAAUGUUGGUUUAAAAGAAUUUAAAUGAGGCAACAUGUUUUGCAAAAACAAAUAAUAAACUGGAAAUACACAUUUUGUUUUAAAUUCCAUAAUUUGUUUAAUUUUUAAUGACUAGUUUUUUUUAAAUCAAUCCAUACUUUGUUGUCACAUAACAUGCUUCAUACAAUCAACAAUUGUAGGUGACUUCUAAAAUCUAACAUUAUAUAUAGACUAAUAAAGUUAAUCUAAGGAUACAAGUAUAAUAAAUGUGUUGUUGCUUCUUCAGACAGAUGUUGUUUUACAUGGUUAUCAUUCAAAAAACUUCAACACUAUAACAGCAUUUAUUUUUCAGAUAUUUUUCUGGGACUUUUUCAGUAAUUUUUAGAUUUAUGUCACACUUCUACUUCCAGAUUUUAUUUAUAAAAUUUCAUGUCCAUAUAUUGUCAGAUUUGUUCAUAUGUAACUUCCUCUGUAUCUAGUCCAGUACUCAUACAAAAAGCAGCUGUCUCAAACAUUUGUGUAUAAUCUCAUACAUACACAUGCUUAGAAUGGACAUUAGAUAUAGCUUUUCAAAAAAAAAGUUUGCAAUGUUGUUUAUUUUUAGUUCCCACAAUGGCUCAGAUGAAUUUUUCUUCUAGUUUAAAACCUUCCAGUGGAUUAGUUUUCUUAGAACACCAGAACAUUAUACUAUACCUAACAACUGAAUCA